CUCAUUGUCCCUCAGCAUCUACCGCCUGAGGCAGUUGCCUCACUUUGCCACAUGGCAGAGCCAGCCCUGGCAGGUCUGUCACAUGCUUCAUCAAUGUCCAUUCAGUGAUGUUAUAAUUAGGCCUCGUUCUCUCUGACACACUUUAUAAGGUACAUUUUCCCACCCAAAAUUGUGGGAACUGCUGUUGGUUAACAUGCUGGGAACUGUAGCUGUGUGAGGGGGGAAACUACAGUUCCCAUGAUUCUUUGGGGGGUGGGAAUGUGCUUUAUGAGGUAAAAUGGAUUAGAUACAAAGACAGAUUUCAAGAUGACAUUGCUGGUUGGGGGAUUACGACUAUUCAUCCCCACCACAAUAAAUGAUCUUUGGCAUCUUCUCUUAUUUAAAUUCUGAAACAAUGGUUUGAGCUCCUCAAUGACAUUUGAAUCACCACCAACUUUUGGAAAAGUAUCAGUUGAAGGGAAAUAUAUCUAGAAUAUACAUGAUCUUAAUGGGAAUGAAGGCAAAAAGAGAUGGAUAACUUUUUUCAGUGAGAGAAGAAAUGAAGUGUUAAAUUAGAUGAUAAGUGUUAGAAUAUUUUUUUUGAGAGAAUGGCUGCUGUUUUCAACUUGUGUUAGUACAAGAGACGCAUGUUUUAAGCUAAUUGCCAGAUGGAGCACUGCCCCUUGGCAACAGAAAAGAAUUACUCAUCAAGGCUAAGGCUCCCAGUGGGGAAAAUGUAGUUUUAAAAGUACGUAUUUUAUUCAAUUUUAUCUGAUUUGUGUGUUGUGUGUUUUUUAAUUACGCCGCUUAACAGAAUUAAAAACAGUAAAAAGUUAAAAGAGAAGUAACAAUCAUCAUAAAAAAAAAUGAACAUAAGUCAGCACCAGCCUGAAAUCAAAUUGGAACCAACAAAUUUAAAAGCCAGGAACAAUAAGUGAGAAAAACUCAAGAGCCAGAGGCUUGCCGAAGCAAGAUGUCUUUUCAAUGACUGUCAAAACGCUUAAAUGGAUGUUAAAAAUUCUCAGUGGCAAGAGAAGGGGAUUCCACAGUCUUGGUGCCACCACUGAAAAGGCCUCAGCAUUUGAUCCUGCCCAUCUGAUAUCCUGUAAGGGCAGGAACACCUCAGUUGUUGAUCUUAACUACUGGCAUGCUUAUAUUGGGAGUAGACAUAAGGUUGGAUUACCCUAAACUUUCAUUUUUCUGGCAUGAUAUAUUAAAUGUAAUUACUACAACAACUACUUACAUAUUACAUUUGAAGAAGAGGGUGAUAGCCAGUGCCACUUAAAGUAGAUCUACUGUACUGAAAUAAAUGGAUUUAAGUCCAUGGAUUUCAAUGAAUCUACUCUAUAACUUAAUGAUAUACCACCCAGAGGCUAUUCUGAGUGGGACUAUAAGAAAAUCACUAUAAAUUACUUUUAGAACUACUGAUGGCUCCUAGGACAUUUACUGCAUGGAUACAGAAAGAAUCAAUAGUUCCCAGUGUUUCUGCAGUUGAAAAAUAUAUGGGACCUGGAAUUACAAGAACUGUUCACACAAGGAAAUAAAGUGUAAAAAUUCACCAGAGUAAAAAACACUAUUUUAUUUUAGAAUGGUCAUCACUACACCAUGUUUAUUUUCUUUUGGAAUAAUCAUGAUCACGAGUAUGCAUCAAAAUAUGGGUGCAGAAAACAAAAACAUUUGAUACGACGCAAUUUAUGUCAGACUUUUCAUUAGUUUUGUAAUACCUUUGGAGUGACAACGCAUAGUUGGUCAACUUUCCGAAACUAUUAUUUAUAAAACCCUCUGAUAAAAUAAAAUACUAGGGGGCAGUAUUCGACUAAAUACAGUGGUACCUUGGUUCUCAAACUUAAUCCGUUCCGGAAGUCCAUUCCAAAACCAAAGCGGUCCAAAACCAAGGCGCGCUUUCCCAUAGAAAGUAAUGCAAAAUGGAUUAAUCCAUUCCAGACUUUAAAAAACAACCCCUAAAACAGCAAUUUAACAUGAAUUUUACUAUCUAACGAGACCAUUGAUCCAUAAAAAUGAAAGCAAUAAACAGUGUACUGCAGUCACACAAUCAAUCAAUCAAUCAGUAGCUGAACUGGGUUCCACACAGUCACAAAAACAAAACAAAAAGAGCCACAAAAAUGCAAAAUAAAUAACAAAAACAGAUAGACCUCAGCGUAACACUCAAAAUGGAAGUGUGGCACUCAAAUCAGUAGCGUAACACUCAAAACGGAGCAUGUUCGGCUUCCGAAAAAAGUUUGCAAACCGGAACACUUACUUCCAGGUUUGCAGUGUUUGGGUUCCAAGUUGUUUGAGUACCAAGGUGUUUGAGAACCAAGGUACCACUGUAAAUGCCAAAGUGAGGGACUUCUGCUUGUGCAAUGGACUUUCCCCCUGCUCUCCUCCCUCCAAAUUUGCUCUGGAGCAUUGUGGGCUGACCUAGGACAGAUGGGGGGGUUGGAGAGGCGGGAAGUCUCAUUGCACAAGUGGAUGUUGAUCCACUUGCACAAAGCUCUACUUUGACCUACACUGAAUACAACCCAGAGUGACAUGCAUUGUUAAUCAUAACCAGAGUAGACUUAUUGAAAUGAAUGAACUUUUUAAAAGCAGGAACAAAGACAAAACCCCUCUUCCUCCAAGAGCACAGAGAAUUCUACUUACGUACAUGUAUCAAAGACUGAAUUUUGCAUUAUUGCUAUUAUUAAUUCCACUUCUAUCCUAGCAUUCCUCCAAAGAACUCAAGAUGGCCUACAUGGUUCUCCAUCCCCACUGCAUGCGCACAACAACCCUGUGAGGUAGGUUAGGCAGAGAGAGAGAGAGAGAGAGAGAGAGAGAGACUGACCCCAUGAAGUGAGCUUCAUGGUUUAGUGGGGAUUCGAAUCUUGGUCUCCCCAGUCAUACUGUACUCUGAUAAUUAAUUUCCUCCCCCAUUCGCAAGCAGUGCUGUUUAUUAUAAAACAAUGUCUAAGCCUGAGGAUUUUUUCAAAGUUAUAUUCAAAGAAUGACACACACACAUCCACCGAAGACAGGAAAAUGUUUGACUGAAAACAUGACAUAACAUUAUAUAUUUGGAUACCAACGCAAACUGCACUAUUAUAGAUAUGAGCUAGCUUUUAACACAGAAGAAUCCACAGACUUCCGUAAACAAAGAACCAGGAAAUAGCAGCAAAAGACACAGAGGAAUAGGCACAACUUCACUCUGUGGACUUAAGAGACCUGUGGGGAGAGUCAUGCGCUUUAAAUGUGCUUUAGAUCUAUGGUGUGAAUGCAGCUUAGGUGUGAUGGCAAACAGCCAUGGGGUAGUUUUAAAAAGUCCUACCAUUACGCAGCAAGUGUCAGGAUGCUAUUCUGGGGUUGUCAUGAAAGGGUAGCAAAUUCUUAUCUAUUUAAUUGAUCAUCAACCAUUGCCUGUAUAAAAACAGCUAACAUCAAUAAUGGUAAAGGGACCCCUGACCAUUAGGUCCAGUCAUGACCGACUCUGGGGUUGCGGCGCUCAUCUCGCUUUAUUGGCUAUACAGCUUUCGAGUCAUGUGGCCAGCAUGACUAAGCCGCUUCCGGCGAACCAGAGCAGCGCACGGAAAUGCCGUUUACCUUCCCGCCAGAGCGGUACCUAUUUAUCUACUUGCACUUUGAUGUGCUUUCGAACUGCUAGGUUGGCAGGAGCUGGGACCGAGCAACGGGAGCUCACCCCAUUGCGGGGAUUCAAACCGCCGACCUUCUGAUCGGCAAGUCCUAGGCUCUGUGGUUUAACCCACAGCGCCACCCGCGCCCCUAACAUCUAUAAUGGGAGUGCUUUGAUGAAGAUAGCAGGGGCAGAAUGCGGAAGACGGGAUGGCGGAAAGCGAGAAAACGGUCUUCGCUGUCAGCAUGUGCAACCAGCAAGAAACCUCUGCUCCUCCAGAUGUAGUUGGACUCCAACUCCAAUCAGCCCCCAGCCAACAUGCCAAUGGCCAAUAGCCCAACAAAUCUGGAGGGGACACAGACUCCCCAUCCCUGCUGUCAUACAUCCCUUAAGAUAACUGCAUAAACCAGUUGUUGUCUAUCCACAGUGAAAUACAUUUAAACAUAACUGAACGGCUAAAAGUAUGGGCUGGCUUUCUGGAGCCCAGGCUCUGGACUGUGGCAACACAUUCUCCUCCUCUGUAGAUUGGUACAGAAAACAUGAGCUCCUCUGCUGCAGUCAGUCACCCUUUAUCGCCAGUAUUUCAGUAGUGAGUUGAGACUCACAAGCCAAACACUUACAUACGUAUUUGUACCUCACUCUUCAUAAAGAAAAAAAUAAACUUUUCCAGUAGAACUAAGCUUAUGCAGCUCUGUGCAACCCUCAGUUCAUAUGAAUCUGUGUCCCAAAGUAUAAAAGGUACCUUUCUAUAUAGAAAUCCUUGAUCCACAAAAGAAAUAAUAUUUUGACUAUAUUGUGGUUUUAUUGCCACCUAGUGGUCAAAAGGUCAGAAGGCAGCUUGAUAUUGCUAGGCCGGUUGUGAACUCAGAACAAAUCAAAACCUUCCUGCUUUGCCUUUUAGCUUCAUCAUUGUACAGUGGUACCUCGGGUUAAGUACUUAAUUCGUUCCGGAGGUCCGUUCUUAACCUGAAGCACCACUUUAGCUAAUGGGGCCUCCCGCUGCCGGCACGCUGCCAGAGCACGAUUUCUGUUCUCAUCCUGAAGCAAAGUUCUUAACCUGAGGUACUAUUUCUGGGUUAGCGGAGGGUAUAACCUGAAGCGUAUGUAACCUGAAGCGUAUGUAACCCGAGGUACCACUGUAUAGCUUCUCCCAUACGCUGAGGAUGCUUCUAACUGAUUUUAAUAUUGCAUUUCUACUUUGCUGUAAUUUGCAGAAGGACUUUAUGGUGAAGACUGCUCUUUAGCAAGGGCAAAAUGGCCAGAACCGCCCCUGACACAUCAGCUGUAACUUUAAGAAUUCCUGCUUGUGCUUGCUUUUCCCUCCUCCCUCCCCAUUGCUUUUUCCUCAUGUGCCAUGUCUUUUUAGAUCAUGAACUCGAGGAUAGUGAUUGUCGUAGAAUUCAAUUUUGUAUGCUGCUCUGAGAGCCCUUUAAGCUAAAGAGGGGGUGGGGUGGUAUAAUUAAUGCUGUAAAUGAACAAUACACAUACGCAGUGGCGUAGCGUGGGGGUGCGGGGGGGCCGGCCGCACCAGGCGCAACAUCGGGGGGGGCGCUAAUCUAGUGGAAGAGACUCGAGUGCUAAAAUCCACUGGUUAGGGGGCGCAAAUUACUUGCCUUGCCCCGGGUGCUGACAACCCACGCUACGCCACUGCACAUACGUGUACAUUCUAAAAUUUCCCCCAGCUCCAAAGAAUAAGGGCAGCAGAUCAACAUGCUUUAAAUGUGUGUUGACUGUGCGUUUAAUGUAUGGUGUGGACCUGCCCUAAAUGUGCCUCUUAAUUUAAUUUUAAAAAUCUUUAAUUUAAUUUGGGGUGCGUGGGUGAAAGAGCACCUUCGAUAUCAGAAGCCACGGAAACAUGUCUCUCUUAAGAACCCACCAACUCUCGGUCUGAGUGCAGAGGUCUGGCUGUGUGACACCAAGUGCUUCAAGCCUGAUAAGGCUUUAUCUUAUCACCGCACUAAUGAUUUGCAAUUUCAGAUGAGGACUUUACUCCCCUCCGGCCAGUGAGUCAUCUGACCAGCUGGCCGGACUGCGGAAUUGAAAUCGAACCAUUGGGGCUCAAAAUUCAGUCCUAACAUGGAGCCUAGGGAGUUGGGCACCGAAAACCUGAGGCGAAGGAGAUCCCAGGAGAAGGCCCAAAAGGAAGAAGAAGCGCCACAACAAGUACCAAAUGGUGAGGAGCAGGGCUUUUGUUUUCCCCAAGGGGAAGUCACAAUAACUCAGUUCUGGCACCUCUCAAGUGGGCACCAUUGCCAUUCUAAAAGAAAGAGGGAGGUGUUCUUGGUGAGUUCCAGCACCUCUUUUUCUAGAAAAAUAGCAUUUCAGGGAAAGUUCUGGGGCAUGAUGCUGCAAAGGAAUGCUAAGAAAGCUUUGCUGAAAAUGACUGGGAUUGCAUGGGGACCCAUAGGAAAAGCUAAGGGAUGGGCUUUUGAGCCGAUGGCUUUUGUUGCAGCCGCUGACUCAAAGGAACCUCCCUUACUUUACAUGUGUCCCCUUUUUUUAAACUCAGAAACUGCGGUGGAAGGAAGGCAGAGCAUCCCCGGAGAGUGGUAGUGCUGAGAGGUCCCCUCAGGCCUGGAGAGUGACAUGGGUUGGUUAGCAAUGAUAGUCUGUUAUCACCUGCUGUUCAUUAAGGAAGUGGUGGCAUUGGGAGGAAGGCAUAGAGAGUUCAGCAGUGGCAGACUGGCUGAGCUAUGGAAAUGGGUGAACAGUUUGCUAGGUAUUGUCCAGAAACAGGGGGUGCUUCCAGUCAGUUACCAUUUUGGGGUGGGACAGGCAAAUUUUGGUUCUGCAAUAACAGUUGAUUUGGCACGCUUGAACAACAGACCUGAUCCUACCCAAGCCACCCCCCAAAUUUGACUUUUUACAAUAAGGAAAGUGACAUGAAAAUGCUUGGUGUAAGAUCGUCUAACCCCCCCCCCCCAUUUUUUAAAAAAAGUUUUGUUAAUUUCCCACUAGGAACACAACUGUUAAUAUUACAUGAACUUCAAACAGAGUUGUCUUCCUUCCAUAACCAUGUCAAUAAAUAUUAAGUUCCCAUCAUUGGUAGUGUUACUAAAAGUUUCAUAUUAACAUAUAGUUUCUUGCCUUUUUCUUACAUCGGCUACAACUUGAUAUAUUUGGCUAUAUUUGGUCCAAUUUUACUAGACCAAUUUUAAUUGUUAACAGGUUAAAGGCACAUCUUUGACUAUUCCAACUUUUCAUACUUUCAACACUGAAUUUUAGUCGUGUAAUAAAAUGAGAUGAUGUAUUUAAUGAAUGCAGCCUAGCUCUUCCUUUUUGGUGGUCUUUUGAGACAAGCACAUUUUCCUUGCUGGUUUUAUACGCUGAUUCAUGGCAUUUGUUAGAGGUGUUAACCAAUGCAAGCUGCCCUCUUCCAUUAUCUGAAAAUGGGGAAAAUGUCAAGCAGAUAACUGGGUAUGUUAACACCCCACAAACAAGUUCAGCUGCUUCUCUCAGUAAGUUAAACAAAAACAAAUUAUGUUGCAGUUCUAUGCACACUUACCUAGAAAUAAGUUCCAUUGCACUCAGUGGGGCUACUUCUGCAUAGACAUUCAUAGGACCCUGCUGUUAGCCAUUAAUCCUUUCACAGCUCUGAAAAGAAAUUGGAAUUGCCAGCUAUUAGAAAUAGUCUGAUUCUCACCAUCCUACAACUUUACCACCUGUGUUAUCAAGCAUUCCUUGGCACUAUUGCUGAAUUCUACUACAGUAACCAAUCUAACUUUGGCCACAUGCAAACCCUGCAGUCGGAGGGUGGUACCUGACUAUGAUUCCAGCAGUGAGCUAUCAAGUGUCCAUCGGACCACAACCAUCCUGAGCAUCUUCUCUUGCCAUCUCUAAUUAUCUAGGGGACGCCAAACACCUGGACAUCAUCACUGCUCAUAUCCAGUGGAAGAGACACAUGGAGGUAACAACAGUUGCUUUCAGAAGCAUUGCCUGGGAUGGAAAGGGCCCUGAGUGAGGCAGAUAAUCUCCUAGCCGUUUUGCAUGGGGAGGAGAGCAGUCAGUCAGGUAAGGCCAGGGACGGGGAACCUGUGGCUCUCCAGUAGACUGUAAUCUCAAACUUCCCUUACCUGUUAACCAUGCUGGCUGAUGCUGAUGGGAACUGAAGCACAGUAACAUCUGGAGGGCCAUAGGUGUCUCACCUCUGCUGUAAGGCCAUGAACCAACCAUUAGGAUGUCGCUCAGAGCCAGAGUGUCAUUCAGUAACUAACUUGUGGGAAUUCAAUGGUGGUUAGGCCCUCAAAGCUUUCCCAAGAGGUGGCGUUAUCGUUUACAUCCAUAUCAUAAUAUUGGUUUCAUAUUUUUUGACCUGGCAAUAUAUUGCAAUUAAUGGGGUGUGUGGGGUGUGGGUGUGGGUGUGGGUGUACUAUGCAAAAAUCACAAUGUGGGGAAUACUGUGAAGCCAGCCAAUGCCUCUACAUAGCUCCAUUCUUAUUUCAGACAUCGUGAUAUAUUGGUAUAUCAUGAUUUUUAGCUGGUGAUAUACAGUCGUACCUUGGAAGUCGAACAGAAUCCAUUCCGGAAGUCCGUUUGACUUCCAAAACGUUUGGAAACCAAGGCACAGCUUCCGACUGGCUGCAGGAAGCUCCUGUAGCCAAUUGGAAGCUGCGUUGGAUGUUUGGGUUCCAAAGAACGUUCGUGAACUGGAACACUCACUUCCAGGUUUGCGGCGUUCAGGAUCCAAAGCAUUCGAGUCACAAGGUGUUCAUCAACCAAGGUACAACUGUAUUGCAAUGUUGAAAACCAGGUAUCACCCAGUCCUCAACAUAAGUCCAUAAUUUAAAUUUAAAUUAAUUGCAUUUAAAAGCAGUGAGCAAGAGUGUGAGCAGGUGACCUGCGUACUUGGUCAUUCUGCUGUCUGGGUGAUGCUAACUGUUAACAAGCAAAUUCAGGGGCCUGCUCCUUGCUCUCCCUUCCUGCAGCUGUUUAUCCUUAAGCAAGGUUUGGACAGGACUUCAUACAGAGUACUUCUUCAAACAAAGGAUCAUCCUCUGUCAAGCAGAACUUAUCACCACCUGAAAGAAGGCAAAAACUCCCAGAGGAUAACAGAGAAGGGGAUGAGGAAAAAGCCCUGGGGUUGUAGGGUGGGUCUUUCCUAGGUAGUAAAAAGGUAAAGGACCCCUGACAGUUAAGUCCAGUCACGGACGACUCUGGGGUUGCGGCGCUCAUCUCGCUUUACAGGCCGAGGGAUCCAGCGUUUGUCCGCAGACAGUUUUUCCAGGUCAUGUGGCCAGCAUGACUGAGCCGCUUCUGGCGCAACGGAACACCGAAACCAGAGCAGCACAUUUACCUUCCUGCCGGAGCAGUACCUAUUUAUCUACUUGCACUUUUUGGCAUGCUUUCGAACUGCUAGGUUGGCAGGAGCUGGGACUGAGCAACGGGAACUCACCCCGUUGCGGGGAUUCGAACCGCUGACCUUCCAAUCGGCAAGUCCUAGACUCAGUGGUUUAGACCACAGGGCCUUUUCCUAGGUAGUAGGACCCCAAUUAAGGUGAGAGUGGAGGGUGGCGUGAGAAGAACUUGUCUUUUACGUCUGUGCAUUCUGGGAAGCUCCAGGGCGAGGGUGGGCAAGGGAGAUGGCUAAUCUCCUGGUGUUUUCUUGGCAGGCGAUGAAGUCAGAGCUCCUGGAACAGGUCCACACUCAGCUCAGCAAGCUGCUGGACAAAGCAUUGGAAGAAGCCGCAUACUCCUUUCCCCCUCGUUUGAGGCACGGCUUAGCAAAGCAAGCAAACAGGUAACCAGGCUUUUUAACAGCCAGCUCCACUUCGACCUCUGCUUUCCCAACAACAAGCAAAUACAGGUGCAAAGUCUAAGCAAACCAGGGGUGCUUUCGGACUUCCGCUAUUUUCAGGCGAGAUUCAAACACAUAUUUGGCAAAUUCAGGUUCUGCACUCACAGUUGAUUGGGAGGUAUCAUUUUACAAACCCGCUUCCAUGAAAAGAUCAGACUUUUUUUAGCGAUAAUGGGGAAAUGCACGGGUUAACAAUAUCAUCUAAUCUCCCUUAAAACAAAUCAGCGUUGAAUGCUCACCCAGCAAGUCCUCUGGAAACACUCAGCAGCUGAAACCCACAAUAAUGUCAGGGAAAAACAAAGUGGCUACAAACAAUUCAACCUUCAUUCAAAUGAGUAGCUAAAACAAAACAAAAAAGGUCAUAUGCCACUCCUUGAAAGGUGACAAAGUGGAAGGUGCCUGAAGGCCAAGUUGUUGUGAAGGUGAAUGAGAUAAUGAAAUGCUAUUAUCUAAUCUCAGGAACUGUUAAACUGCAAACUAAAUGGAUGGAAAGAUACCCCCAGGAUUUCAAGUUGCUCCUAAGAGAUUAAUAAUAAUAAUAAUAAUAAUAAUAAUAAUAAUAAUAAUAUAUUUAUAUCCCGCCCAUCUGGCGGCUUCCAACACAAUAUUAAAAUACAGUAAUGCAUCAAACAUUAAAAGCUUCCCUAAACAUUUUAAAGCACUGAAAAUGUGUACUGAGUGUUUUAAAACAGCAUCAUGAUGUUCCUGACAUCAGGCAUAUAAUAUGUAAGGCACAACAUAAAAGGAAAAGGGGAUGGGGAAGAAAGAAGAAAACUAGCAAAUUCCAGCAACAAAUUCUUAAAGUUACACAGCUACUCUAAUAAAGAUCAGUUUGAAAAGGAGAGGAAGGGCCAAAUGGCAACUAGAGUAGGCCCACCUGUCCAGCUUAUUUGACUGUGUAGUAUACUCUCCCAUAUGCACUCCCACUGCUGGUUUGGGAAACGGUGUACAUAUAUGACAUUAGCCACGACCUCUGUCUGUCAUGCCAUUUCUUAUGAAACACUGCAUUUUUGAUGUGUUCUCCCUCAAACCACUUUUGAUCCGAAUUGAGAACAUGAACAACCUGGCUGCUUUUUGAGCCAGCAAUGUGUAUGCAGCCUUUGUCUAUGGCAGGCAAGUUGGAUGGUUGUGUUAUAUGAAUUCUAAGGUCUCAAAUACAGAAUAAAUAUUCAUAAACACACACAUAUGUGCGGGAGAGCAAUCCUGAAGCUAGUUUAACUCCCCCAAUGACCUCAAAUAUUCCUCUGCAGUAAGGGAGGCAAAUGGGAAAAGCCUUCCCAUUGUCUUUUUGCUUACAAAUCCUGUCUUAAGGGCGUACUUGUGUAUGAAUAGGGUGAGCCUGUGACCUGGAUUCAGGAACUAAAGUACAUUACAAAAUAAUGGCCAGGCUGCCCAGGUAACACAAUCAGCAGACAUUAUCAGGUAUCCUGGCAGACAGGAUGUCUGCUGUAGACCGCCUCCUAUGAUGUAUGUAGGGUGAUUGCGGGUGGUGGUCUUUGGCUAAGGGGGUUUGGCAAUGUCAAAAGUCUUUAAAGGUUGCUGCACACUUUUGUUCAGGGUCUUUCCCUCCUUGGAAGGCGGGGAGGGGACUCUGUAGCAACAGAAAUAUAAAUAUCUGCCUUGUUUUCCACUGGAUCCUGCCUCCAUCCAUUCUUCUCUGACUGAUCAGGGACUUAGGAGACUCAGAGUCCCAUGGGGAGCUGGGCAUCAAAAGCCAAACCCCAAUUUUAACAUCAGUUGCUAAUGCAUAUAAGAUGAGGGAGAGGGGGGUGGGGGUGGGGGUGGUAAAGGGACCCCUGACCAUUAGGUCCAAUCGUGGCCGACUGUGGGGUUGCGGCGCUCAUCUCGCUUUAUUGGCCGAGGGAGCCAGCAUACAGCUUCCGGGUCAUGUGGCCAGCAUGACUAAGCCGCUUCUGGCGAACCAGAGCAGCGCACAGAAACGCCGUUUACCUUCCCGCUAGAGGGGUACCUAUUUAUCUACUUGCACUUUGACAUGCUUUCGAACUGCUAGGUUGGCAGGAGCAGGGACUGAGCAACAGGAGCUCACCCCGCUGUGGGGAUUCAAACCGGCAACCUUCUGAUCGGCAAGCCCUAGGCUCUGUGGUUUAACCCACAGCGCCACCCACGUCCCUCCACAGCACCACCCUCUGCAGCAAUUAAGUAAUGUUCUUUUUCUGCUGCUCCCAAUUCUUUGCCCAGAAACAACUGAGGUCUAAGAGAUCAUGCUAACCAUUCCCUGCCUUGGAACCUUACAGGGAGAAAAGCUUACAGCAGGAGAAGCAGAAAGUGUUUGUUGAACGGCAGUCGUUGCUUGAGUAAGUAUGUCCUGCUUUCUUGCUUGCUCUUGAAAUAAAAAGAGUACUACUAAGAGGGAGGCCCUCUUGUGCCAAAUAUGUAACUUCCCAGUAAGUCCUUGGAAGAGCUACUGGUGACUCAAUAAUAUGAGGCAAAGCAGGCAUGGCAAAUGUGUGGCCUUCUUUUUUUUUUUUUUUAAAUAAUUUUUAUUAAAGUUUUAAACAACAAAGAAGCAACACACACAAAAAGCAAUACAAAACUCAACAAUAAAAGACAAAAAAGUAACAAUUAAAAACAAACUCUCUUUUCCUUUUCCAUUUUUAGAUUACUUAUUUUCUGGACUUCCUCAUACCUCCCUCUUUUGUAUUCCAAUCCAAAUUAUUUGUCCAGCAGUUUCUUUUCCACUUUUUUAGUCCCAAUCUUUAAUUUAAUAAAAUAUUAAAAUAUAUAACUUCAACUUCUUUAAACCUAAUCCUUAAUCUUAGUAUCAUAUAACGUUAAAAUUUUCCCUUUUAAUAUCAAAUUUCCAUUUCUUUAAACAUCUUUAAUCUUGAUCUUUAAUCUUAGUCUAUCAUUAACUUUAACCUGUGCAGCUGGAAACCACUUAUUUUCAGUCCAACAUCACUCUAACAUUCCUUAAUUUUGCAGUGUUUCUGAAGAUAGUCUUUGAAUUUCUUCCAGUCUUCCUCCAUCGACUCUUCUCCCUGGUCACGGAUUCUACCAGUCAUUUCCGCCAAUUCCAUAUAGUCCAUAAGUUUCAUCUGCCAUUCCUCCAGCGUGGGAAGUUCUUGUGUCUUCCAAUACUUUGCGAUAAGUAUUCUUGCUGCUGUUGUUGCAUACAUAAAGAAAGUUCUAUCCUUUUUUACCACCAUUUGGCCGACUAUGCCCAGGAGGAAGGCCUCUGGUUUCUUAGGGAAGGUAUACUUAAAUACCUUUUUUAAUUCAUUAUAUAUCAUUUCCCAGAAAGCCUUAAUCUUUGGGCACGUCCACCAAAGGUGAAAGAAUGUACCUUCGGUUUCUUUACAUUUCCAACAUUUGUUAUCGGGCAAAUGGUAGAUUUUUGCAAGCUUGACUGGGGUUAUGUACCACCUGUAUAUCAUUUUCAUAAUAUUCUCUCUUAAGGCAUUACAUGCCGUAAAUUUCAUACCUGUGGUCCACAACUGUUCCCAGUCAGCAAACAUGAUAUUAUGUCCAAUGUCCUGUGCCCAUUUAAUCAUAGCCGAUUUUACCGUUUCAUCCUGAGUAUUCCAUUUCAGCAGCAAGUUAUACAUUCUUGACAAAUUCUUAGUUUUGGGUUCUAACAGUUCUGUUUCUAAUUUUGAUCUUUCCACCUGGAAGCCAAUUUUCCUGUCCAAUUUAAAUACCUCCAUUAUCUGAUAAUAAUGAAGCCAGUCUCGCACUUUGUUUUUUAGUUUUUCAUAACUCUGCAAUUUCAGCCUAUCUCCGUCUUGUUCCAAAAUUUCCCAAUAUUUCGGCCAUUUGACCUCCAUAUUGACCUUUUUCAAGGCUUUCGCUUCCAUUGGUGACAGCCACCUUGGGGUUUUGUUUUCUAACAGAUCCUUAUAUCUUAACCAAACAUUAAAUAGCGCUUUCCUGACAAUGUGGUUUCUAAACGCUUUAUGUGCUUUGACCUUAUCAUACCAUAAAUAUGCAUGCCAUCCAAAUACAUUAUUGAAACCUUCCAAGUCCAAAAUGUCAGUGUUUUCAAGAAGUAGCCAUUCUUUCAACCAGCAAAAAGCUGCUGAUUCAUAGUAAAGUUUCAGGUCUGGCAGGGCAAAUCCACCUCUUUCCUUUGCAUCCGUUAAAAUUUUAAAUUUUAUUCUGGGCUUCUUGCCCUGCCAGACAAAUUUAGAAAUAUCUUUCUGCCACCUCUUGAAACAAUCCAUUUUGUCCACAAUCUGCAAAGUUUGAAACAAAAACAACAUUCUAGGCAAUACAUUCAUUUUUAUCGCAACAAUACGGCCCAGCAGUGAAAGCUUCAAAUUUGACCAAAUUUCUAAAUCUUUUUUCACUUCAGACCAGCAUUUUUCAUAGUUGUCUUUAAAUAAGUUUCCGUUUUUUGCUGUCAUGUUAAUCCCCAAAUAUUUAACUUUCUUAACCACUGUUAAACCUGUCUCAUGGCAAAUGUGUGGCCUUCUAGAUGCUGAUAAUCAAAGAGUGAACUGGCAGUAGAUCACACCGUUCAAAGUUGGAGUGAAGUCUUGAUUAGCAAAAAGCACAGUCUUCACAGACGCGCCUGAGUGUCAGGCCAAAUGAGCACAGCAGCUCAUCAAGUUGCCUCCCCACAGCUAUCUAAGUCCCCUCCCUGCCAGGGCUUUCCCCAAGCAAUCAGAGACUGUGCCUGUGUGCAAUCUGCUGCUGCUCCGCCCUCUUCAGCCCUCUUCUAGUUCUGGGAGUUGGAGAAGAGGGGAGCUUGUUGCAGCAGGAAGGGGUGACACCCAUGACUCUUCACCGGCCUGAUUCACCUCUGCCUCACAGCCUCCCUCCUCCCACUCGCCGGCUUCGGCUUCCGAUUCUGGAUUUCUCUCCGCCACAGAGAGACUUAGCUCACCAAGUCCUGUUACCUCUUCAAAUUCCGACACCACCUCUUCCCAGUCUUCUCCCUCUGACUACUCAUCAUUGUCCCUCCACAACUGCACAGCCUCUGAGCCUUCUUCCUUUGGUAGGUCCCCAGCUGGUGCCUGCCACACCGUUCCUCUGUGUCCAACCAGUCCAUGACACUGAUGAACUGCAACUCCCAUCACUCCUGACUAUUGGCCAUCAUGGCUGGGGCUGAUGGGAGCAACAUCUGGAGAGCUAUGGGUUCCCCACAUUGAAUGCAGAACACUGCAUGCCCAGGUCAUGUUAGAUACCUCUGGGGCAAAGUCCUUUUUCUGAAAACAAGAGGCACCUGCUAGGAAAGAAGUAGGAUCCCUAUCAUAGUACUUCAGACCCUGGCUGCAUAUGCAUGCAUUCCAUUAACCCACCACCACCACUGCCUUAGAGCUCACGCUUUGGCAAACCGGUUCCCCUUUUCUUUUGCAGUGAGCUGCUGGAUGUAGAGCACUUCCGCACCAUCUACCACAUGUUUGUGGCCAUGCUCUGCGUCUUCGCUGUCAGCACCGUUGUUGUGGAUUUCAUUGAUGAAGGACGGUAUGGUUCAGCAAUGGGGCUGGGGACAGGCGGGGCAACAUAGGGAGACUUGCAUGGUAGAACAGUGGAGGGCAGGGAGGAGGACUUGCAGCAAAAUGCAACCCUCCCGGUCUCUGUAUCAGGUCCAUGGAGCUCUUCCCACACUUUCUGAGCCGUGCCCUGCCUUUUGCCCUCUCUGGGUGUUUCUGCCUGGCUGGAAUUUGUCCUUGAACUGUGACAAUGCCUCUUGCACACCGGGAAUAACCAAGGGUCAUCCAACCCCCUGCAGUGCAGCCAUCUCAGCUAAACCAUCCAUGAAAGAUGGCCAUCCAUCCAUCUGGAGGGAGGACAGAGACGGGUGUGUGCAUGUGUGUGCAAAAACUAUCCCACUGAACAGAGGUAAACAUCUGGGCUUGCUGUUCUGCUCACUUUUGACUCGCCUGCUACUGGCAGGUGGCCCCUGAAAAGUUGCCCAAAAGGGAAAGGCGGCCCUCAGGCUGGAAAACGUUCCCCACCCCUGUCCAACGGAAGGGUUUGUGUGCUGUGAUUUCCAUUGCCCCUGGCUUGAGUCCCCCCUCUUUAAUUGGAACCUGUUGUCGCUUACCCGCUUGAAUGACUCCCAAUGUUGGUUGCUGUGUCCUCAGUGGCUGCCUUUCCAUCUUUCACAGCCUUGUCCUGGACUUCGAGCUCUUCAUCUUUGCUUUCGGAAAGCUGCACGUGGCGCUCUUUGCCUGGCUUUGCAUGUUCCUCUACACCCUAGUGGUCCCCUACAAGGCCCUGCAGAUCUGGACUAGCUGCUUAAGGACUGUCCGGUUCCCCAAACUCUUCACGGCGGCUGUGGUUGCGGCGCUGCUGCUCUGCCACGCUGCUGCCCUGGGCUUCUAUCCCAUCCAUACUGUAGUCAGCUACAAACUGGGGCCUGCCUCUCGUUUCAUUGUCAUCCUGGAGCAGGUGCAGUACUGUGACAUCGUCAUCACGAAGGGAGAUAAACUCCCAAGCAGUCUGGUGGGUGGAGCGGGUGGCGCAUCAGGCUAAUUCAAAGGAGAGAGGGGGGCAUUGUAGGGGGGAGGUUAAGGGCGGUGGUGGCUUUUCCCCCAUUGGUACUGGUAGGUCUGAAGGCAAGGAGACCAACAGUAAGUGGAGCCAGAGAGCCAAUGACAAACAGAGCCAAGUAAAGCUAGUUUUGAUCCCCAUUAUCUUCCCGGCUGGAUUUUCCAAGCGCAGUGAGUUUUAGGAGCAGAAAGUUGCCACUGGCUGUGCCGCCUCCUGGACUGGUUGCAAGUAAUAAUAAUAAUAACAAUAAUUUAUUAUUUGCACCCCACCCAUCUGGCUGGGUUUCCCCAGCCACUCUGGGCAGCUUCCACAAAGACCAAAAAUACACUAAUAUGUCACACAUUAAAAACUUCCCUGAACAGGGCUGCCUUAAGAUGUCUUCUGAAUGUCAGGUAGUUAUUUUUCUCUUUGACAUCUGAUGGGAGGGUGUUCCACAGGGCGGGUGCCACUACCGAGAAGGCCCUCUGCCUGGUUCCCUGUAGCUUUGCUUCUUGCAAUGAGGGAACCACCAGAAGGCCCUCGGUGCUGGACCUCAGGGUCCGGGCAGAACAAUGGGGGUGGAGAUUAAGAAGGGAGGCAGAUGGAGGCAGGCUAAAGGUGGACUGAGGUUGGCAGGACACUGCCCCAUUCACCUUAGUAUAUCAGCCUCCAUUGCUUAAGGGAAAACCAAACAGUGUCAUUGGGGUUGAAAUGGUACAUCCACAUGCCCAAAGCAGAGGUUCCAGGCAUGUGAACAGGCAGUGAAGAAUAUAAACACCUGCAGUGGUACAGAUGUAUAUUUCUAUAUAUGGGCUGGAGGUGUGCCACACAUCUGACAUCUGGCCAUGGAACAAUCUCGCUCUUGGUUUAAAGGCAUACGCAUCUGCUGGGGCCGGCCCUCCUAUUAGGCAGAGGUAAUCGCCUCAGGCAGCUGAUUUUGAGUGGCAGCAAUUUUUUUUUUGCUGCUAUCACCAUUAUCAGUAACACAUAACCGCAACGGCACAUUUCUUAUUUAUUAAAAGCCUUUCUAAGCAACCUGAUAUUUUACAGUUGGCCUCAAGUUCAAUUCUGGGCGGGACCUCAGUCAGUGUGGACAGUUCUGAGAGCUAGAUGGGCAAGCGGUCUGACUCUGCAUAAGGGGCAGCUUCCUAUGUUGUGGGAAGGCGGUGUGGUCAGCAGCCUGGAGGCAAGCAAAGCAGGCAAUUGAGAUGGAAAGUUAGCAAGUGGUCAAGAUGAUACAUAGCCAAGUGGUGACUGGGGGCCAGUCAUCCAAGGGCAGCUCAGUCUGUGCCAGUCCAAUAAGCUGCUCAGAAUGAAGAUCCAGACCACGGCAAGGAGUUUUGUAGCAUCAGCACAACUUUAUUGGCCCUCUGGGUCACGGGGCAGUAAGUUGGUAAGCUGUAGUGCCACUCUCUGGCUAUCUCGGUGGUGGUGCAGGAAAAAGCAGACCUGCUGUUCCCUCCUCUGGCAAGCUACCGGGGCAGCAAGAGAAGGGUGCCAUUCUGGGUCCUGCCACAGUCCCCCAUUCAAGGCAGCCACCCACCCAGCACCUACUCAAUUGUUCCCCCUGUUUCAGUGCUUGCUUCCCCCACCUGCUUAGAUCCGGUUCCUCAUGAAGAGCCAUGCGUUCCUGCGAGAAUCUGUGCCUCCUAUCCUCUGCGCUGUGUCCCAGGAUGGUGAGUUUGAUUGCGGGGUGGUGGCAUCUAUGCCAGCCCUUCCAUCAAGAGUGGUGGGACUUCAGGACCAGAAGAGUCAAAUGCCAGAGGGUGUUACUACAAAUACCUCCCUCUGCCUGCUACUGCAAAGCAAACGAAAUCCCUGCUCAGUGCAAAGCUAAACAAGAGCUCUCUGUUUCCACCAUUGAGUGCAUAAUCUCCCCUAUCCACCCCCCCCAAUCAUUGCAUAGGCUAUCUUAUUCAGCAAUUUCUAUGACUAAUUGGCAUUGACCUCACACUUCAAAGCAUAUCUUUGUGAUCAUGAGAGCUAGAAACUUUGCUUUUUGCACUCAGUUCAAUGAUUCUACAGUUACAUCCUUCACAGUAUACACAAAGCCCUGGGUAAGUAAAGGUAACGGGACCCCUGACCAUUAGGUCCAGUCGUGACCGACUCUGGGGUUGCGGUGCUCAUCUCGCUUUAUUGGCCAAGGGAGCCGGCGUACAGCUUCCGGGUCAUGUGGCCAGCAUGACUAAGCCGCUUCUGGCGAACCAGAGCAGCACACGGAAGCGCUGUUUACCUUCCCUCCGGAGCGGUACCUAUUUAUCUACUUGCACUUUGACGUGCUUUCGAACUGCUAGGUUGGCAGGAGCAGGGACCGAGCAACGGGAGCUCACCCCGUCACGGGGAUUCGAACCGCCGACCUUCUGAUCGGCAAGUCCUAGGCUCUGUGGUUUGACCCACAGCGUCACCUGCGUCCCUCAAAGCCCUGGGUAUUUUAUGCUAAAAUGGCAUUGCAGAAAAUGGAAGGAUCUGUGCUUAGUGUACCAUGCCAGAGCAAGUUCUACUAAGUUAUCCCCUUUCUCAUUGUACAAUACAACCCCACACCUCUUUGCUUCACAGUGCCCUCAGCUGCUCCUCUCACUUUUUCCUUUCCAGGAAAAGGGUGCCCACCUGAAUUCUCAACAUACCUGUAUUUCCUCUUCUGCCCCACUUUGAUCUACAGAGAGAGCUACCCAAGGCGAGUCCUCUUCUCUCCAUCCUCCUAUUUUACUCUUUAAAGGCUUCCAGGGUCUCUAAUUCCGGUACAAGGACACCCUGGGUCAGAAAGGGAGGAAAACUGGCAGAGCUUCAGAAUCCAUGAUGCUUUUAAAGUAUCCCAAAGUAAAGCAGGAGUGUGCUGUUGCUGGUCACAGUUUUCAAAGAAUUCCUUCGUAUCUUUUUUCUGUUCUUUCUGUUGUUAGCGAGUCCUUAAGAAGUGCUGAGUUUAAGCAGCAAAUUGGUGCUUCGGGGUUAUUAAAAUGUAGUUGUUCCUUGGCUGUUAUAGGGGUGUGAUCUGAUAUCGCUGUAAGUCCAGUAUCUGCUCUUGUUAGACUUCCCUUUAAAGUACCAGAAAUCCUAAUGCAAUCCAUUCUAGUAUAGGUUUUCUGGUGUGGUCUUUAUUAGGGGUUUUAAAUUUUAAUUCCAUCCGAUCAGGAGGAGAGCUUCAUGCUAGAAGGCUAUGGUCGCUCAGUGAUGACACCACUCCCCCCUCAGAUUCCAUGGUGUUUCCCACACGUGUCUUGGGGAGUAGUAUAUCCAUCAUUCUUCCCAAAGAGAGGGAACGGUACUCCUGUAAGGAGGAAACCUCCACACAGUGCCUUCUCUUUUCCUUGUAGGACACCUUAUGUGCGCUGGAGGUACGUCAUCAAUAACUUAGCUAAGGUGAGAGACGCAAAACAAUAAUUCCAUUGGCUGGUCAUUAUAUCUGGCCUCUCUGUGGAUGAAGAGGGUUCUUAGGGUCACGGGAUAGCCCCAUGAACCUAAGAUGAAUGGUUCCAAGUUUCAGGAAUCCUGGGUACAGGUCCCUUUCGUGGGUGGCCCCACAUGGGCUUACCUAGCAGUGGUGGCACAGGCAGCAGCAACACUCCAAGCUGGAUGGCUGAAGGCUGCCAAUUUAAUGUCCCACAAUGCCUCAGGGCAGUGCUAUGUUGGGAGCAUUGUGGGAAAUUAAAAUGGCAAGGAGAUCCAGCCACUUAGAGCAAGUCCUGAAGGAGAUGUUGACACCAGCUCUGAGCCUAAGACACACCCACUGCAGUGGGACGGAACUUUCCCCUUUCUGUUCUGCAGGUUCUUGGGUGCUUGUUUUACGGGUACUUCAUCCUGGAGCGCCUCUGCAUCCCUGUCUUCAACAACAUGAGCAAGCAGCCCUUCAGCACCAAAACCCUGGUGCUCUCCAUCUUCAACGCAACGUUACCAGGUAGGUGAGCAGAGCAGCAGCUCUGGUUUGCAUGGGGGAUGGAGGUCCGCCAGAAAAUAAAAUGGUGGGAAGCAGUGAAAUAAUCUUGAGUUGCUGUUGGGUGGGAAACCUGGUGACCUGUGGGAUCGUCUUCAUUAUCCCCCACCCAGCUGACGCCUCUUAAUCCCUCUCAUUAACCACCCACAUUGCCUCAGCCUUCUCCCUUCUCCAUUGCCACAUUCCGAGAGUGACCAGUAAUGUCCUUCUCCUGUUUGUUCCUAACUUCCAGUAGUCAGAGGUUUAUGUGUGUCAGUAACAUCAGCACGCCAGGGGGGGCAUGAUGAUGUCACACACACAUGCCCUGCCCCGGUGAAGGCGCACAGCCCCAGGCACCCACAGCCAUGGGGGCAAGCCAGAACCGCUGGUCAGGAGAACCCCCAGAACUGCACACAGGGUGAAGAUUGAAUGGAUUGUUCUACCUUGCAAGCUGAAAUGCUUGUGCUGGUGGAACAAUUGCCAUAGCACUAUGCUGAGUUCCUCUUCUCCUUCGCUGUAUGGAUUUAUUAUUUAUUACUCAUGCUUUUAGAUUCCAAGGAGCUCAAAGUGGCCCAUAUGGUCCUCCCUCUUCUUAUUUAAUCCCCACAACAACCCUGUGAGGUAGGUUAGGCUGAGAAGCUAUGGCCGGCCCAAGGUCACCCAGUGAGCUUCAUGGCUUAGUGGGCAUUUGAACCCUAGUUCAUCACUAUAACCGCUACACAACACUGUCUCUAAUAAUGGUAGGUCAUGCCCCUACUGAAGAGCCAAAGAUUAAAAUUGCAAGUGCUUCAUAUACUCCGUUGUGGUCAAAACUGAUCCAAUGCAGCCUAAACAUGUAGUGAUUGUACUGCAAUCUUACACAUCCCUUGCAUGAUUCUUGUCCCCCCCCCCAUCUGUACACUCAUUUCCUCCUCCAUAUGUCUCUCCUCACAGGGACCUUUCUGCUGCUUUUGGCAUUUUUUGCUUUCCUGCACUGCUGGCUGAAUGCCUUUGCUGAGAUGCUGCGCUUUGCUGACCGGAUGUUCUACAAGGUGAUUGGCAGGGGAAGGGCAGGAAGGAGGUUGGACUGCUUAUAUUCCAUCCCAUCAGACACACUUGGUGGGUCAUUUGGCUUCCUGGGAAUGUCAGCUUUCAAAUUUUGCCUUCAUAGUUACAAGCAGUGCUGUUUUUCCAGAAAAAGAGGUGCCGGAACUCACCACGAACUCCUUCCUUGUUCUCUUAUAAUGGCAAUGGCAUCCGCCUGAGACAUACGGGAACUGAGUUCCGGCUGGGGAAAAAAGCCCUGGUUACAAGCAAACAAAAAGCCAAAGUAGCUACACAUGCAAAGGCAGAGACUGCCUAAGGCGUUGAAAUUAAAGGCAAGGUAAAGGUAAAGGUACCCCUGACCAUUAGGUCCAGUCGCGGACGACUCUGGGGUCGCGGCGCUCAUCUCGCUUUACUGGCCGAGGGAGCCGGUGUUUGUCCGCAUGUGGCCAGCAUGACUAAGCUGCUUCUGGUGAACCAGAGCAGCGCACGGCAAAGUCCUGCGCUCAGUCACUAGUAGCGACAUCACACUGAACAGGCUUGUUUAGCUUCUGAAAAAUCGAGCUGCCAAUUAUACCUGAACUACUUAUCAACUGACACAGCACAACUAGCAUUCUGGCUGCAAAACAGUUUUGAAUAAUCCAUUCCAAACAGCCGUUUUGUUGAGGGCAAGAGUUGGAUUCUCACGGCAUCAAAGACCGCCAUCUGUGGCAGUGGUGCUAGCAGAGAAAUGUGAGGAGAGGCAGUCUGGAGCAGAAAUGCCAGGAUAUGGCUUUGCAAGAGGGCAUCUGUACAGGGAGUUGCUGCUGAGGCACUGCAGCAUAGAAUGGGUAGGGGGACACAAAGAAGUGACCAGCAGCCACAGAAGCCCUUGUCUGUAGCCCCCCCAAAAUGUGGAGACAGGCUGUGGCUGCUAGACUGUGGCAAACUGCAUUCUGCGCAGCAGACACAGGGAACCUUUGUUCCUCUAGGUGUUGCUGAACUACAACUCCCAUCAACCCUGGUGAAAUAUACGCGGAGUCGAGAGUGGAUUUCAUGCUCUUUAUUCAGCUCAUUGUGGUGAGGAGGAAUGAAUGUUCCCCCAAAAUAUCUGCUUUAUAUACAUUAUUUACACAAUGGGCUGCACGGGAUUGGCUAAUUCUGGGAUUCUCCUGUAGGCCAAUCAGGUUGUGGAUUCAUUUCCACCUGGAGCUGGAUUGGGUGGCUCCUGCGGACCAAUCAGACUGCUGCAUUGUUCUAGGACCAAUCAGACUGCUGCAUUCUGAAUCCUAUUGUUCUAGGACCAAUCAGACUGCUGCAUUUUGGAUCCUAUUUAACUCAGUACAUAACACCUGGCAAGCAUAGCCAACGGCGGGAUGGCGAUGGGAGUUGUAGUUCAACAACAUCUGGAAGGGCAAAGAUUUCCUAGGCCUGCUGUACAUGCUCAGGUAAACUCUUUUUUCUAUUACUAUUUCAUGUACAGUCACAUUCAGUGCCAGUAUCCAACUUAGGUCUUAUGGCUGACCACGGCACAGAAUCAACUCUAUUGAGCAGGCAAAGUUAAGCAUUUGUCAAAGGAACUGGGCGCACUGGCCAGGGAGCACCUUCUGUCCUGCAGGCUGCCUGAACAUGUGUGGCCCAAAAUCUUUCGGUGGGAGAUGAUGCACAGUGUGGCACACAUAGCUAUCCAGAUUCAAGACUGCACCUCCCUCUUUCUGUCCUAGGACUGGUGGAAUUCCACAUCAUUCUCUACAUAUUACCGGACGUGGAAUGUGGUUGUACAUGACUGGCUCUACUAUUACAUCUAUCAAGAACUUGUGUGGGUAGGUAAGGCUUUUGGGGGAGGAAACAAGUGUGUUGCACUGUUCGCUUCCUUUGGGCUUGGGAGCUCAAUCCGCUGUUUCUUUGCCCCUCUUCCACCCCAGGGCUUUCUUUACUGCCCCAUACUAUACAGGCUUCAUUCUCCAGGAUCUCCCUAAAGGACCCCUGUUAUGUACUGAAGUUCUCACCCUGGGCCAGUAGGGGGAUACUGUAGAUAGUUUUCACUCAGGUCCGCAUAUGCAAAUAAGGAAUUGAAAGUGACGUUCACGGAUUGGAUAGUUACAGAAAUUUGUUACUGUUGUUUUGUAGUUGAGCUCUAUAUGAGCAGGUUGGCUGAACCCUUCAGUGCAGUUCUGUUCUGGCCUGUGAAUAAACAAGAGCGGUCUGAAGAAUUGCUGUGUCAUCUGAUAUGUUCACCCACAACUUAACAACCCCUCUGCCAGGCUGCUCCCCCCCCCCCCCGGCAACAUGCCGUUGGUGCAGUAAGAGUGCAUUCGUGGUGGAUUUAUAGUGGACCGUCCACACAUCGGUUCACAUUAUUAGUUAUUCUGUGAUGCUUCCUCCAUAUUACUGCACAAGUGUCACCUGCAAGGUCACUCUCCACUUGAAAAAAAAAAAGGUUUGUUGGGGGGGGGGUGUCUUCAACAGGUGCCCAAUGAACCAGGGGGUGUUUUCAGGGUGUGAGACUGAGGAAAGGGAAAACUUCCCAAGUGGGAGCUAGAAACACUCACUUAUUUGAAUGUGGAUUGAAGACUAGGGUAUAAUUAGUGAAAUAUACUCGGAGUCGAGAGUGGAUUUCAUGCUCUUUAUUCAGCUCAUAGUAGUGAGGAGGAAUGGAAGUUCCCCCGAAAUGUCUGCUUUAUAUACAUUAUUUACACAAUGGGCCCGACGUGAUUGGCUAAUUCUGGGAUUCUCCUGUAGGCCAAUCAGGUUGCGGAUUCACUUCCACCUGGAGCUGGAUUGGGUGGCUCCUGCGGACCAAUCAGACUGCUGCAUUCUGGAUCCUAUUGUUCUAGGACAAAUCAGACUGUUGCAUUCUGAAUCCGAUUGUUCUAGGACCAAUCAGAUUGCUGCAUUCUGAAUCCUAUUGUUCUAGGACCAAUCAGACUGCUGCAAAUUGGAUCCUAUUCAACUCAGUACAUAACAAUUAGAAUAAUUUUUUCUUCCUUUGCCUUCCUCUCUUUUGUCCUUUCUUUCUUUCUUUCUUUCUUUCUUUCUUUCUUUCUUUCUGAAUUCAUUUGUUCUAGAUAUAAUUUUAUCGCAUUGUGAAAACUUUAAUAAAAAAUUAUGAAACAAGAAACAGGUGCCCAAAGGACAAUAGGGAGGGUGUUUGCCUGAUACGUCUUUUUUUACCGCACAUGCCCAAGACCAGGAUCUUUUGCAUAUAAAGAAAACUACAAAAUGAAGGUUCCAGAUGCACCUUUGUGGACGGGGGUUUUGCAAGUUAGUGGAUGCUACUCCUUGCCCCCAUACAAUAACUUCUGGGAGGGAAGUACAGUAUUUUUCGCUCUAAAAGAUGCACCAGACCACAAGAUGCACCUAGUUUUUGGAGGAGGAAAACAAGGAAAAAAAUAUUCUGAAUCUCAGAAGCCAGAACAGCAAGAGGGAUCGCUGCACAGCGAAAGCAGCAAUCCCUCUUGCUGUUCUGGCGCCUGGGAUAGCUGCGCAGCCUGCAUUUGCUCCAUAAGACGCACACACAUUUCCCCUUACUUUUUAGGAAGGAAAAAGUGAGUCUUAUAGAGCAAAAAAUACGGUACUUCCAAAGUGUAAGUAAGGGUGAAGUACUUGCUGUAACUGCUCUGUGUCUUUCCUCACCUGGAGCAGUUUGCCAAAAGGGGCAGACGUGGCAUGCUAGCUUCCCACCAGGUGCGUCUCCGUUGCUUACCAGGAGGGAGAAGUGGAGGGGCGAGGCGGUGCAAAUGCCAAUCUGCCAUUCCUGCUGAUGCAUUUGCACCAUGACAACUUCCCUGCUGCCUCACUCCUCUCCCAGUAAGCAACAACAGCACACCCGUCAGGAAGUUAAGUGUCGCGGCUCCACCCCACCUGGCAAGCUGUUUCCGUUCUUCACUUUUCACUAGAGAGUGAACACAACAUGGGCUGUUUCAUGUACAAAACCUGCAACUGACCUGUGCACUUUGCUCCUUCCAGCUCCUCAGAGGAAGGGCCCGGGUUGGGGCAAUGCUGUUUGCCUUCAUCGUCUCAGCAGUCGUCCACGAAUACGUCUUCACCGUGUGCUUUGGCUUCUUCUACCCUGUCAUGUUCACCCUCUUUGCCUUCUUUGGAGGUCAGUACUGCCUCAGAAAUCCAUCUGAGCAGAAACCACACCACCCCAGAUUCGAGCACCGUCAAACUCUUGCAGUACGAAAGAGAAAAGACAUUGUUUUCUUACGUUCUUAAACGGCCCCGUAUGGUGCAAGGGAGCUUUUUAACCUCAUGCACACAUUACAUGCACCAGUCUUCCCCUCCAAGAUUCAUCCCAUAGGCUGUUAUUUCGCCCUCCCACCCCCUGCUCACACUCCAGGUACCCCUCCAGGCAGUUUCAGAUGGUUAAAAAAAUUGCUUUUCAUUUUCACUUACUCAUUGGACCUCCAGUGUACAGUGGUACCUCGGGUUAAGUACUUAAUUCGUUCCGGAGGUCCGUACUUAACCUGAAACUGUUCUUAACCUGAAGCACCACUUUAGCUAAUGGGGCCUGCUGCUGCUGCCGUGCAUGAUUUCUGUUCCCAUCCUGAAGCAAAGUUCUUAACCUGAAGCACUAUUUCUGGGUUAAGGUAAAGGUAAAGGGACCCCUGACCAUUAGGUCUGGUCGCGGACGACUCUUGGGUUGCGGCGCUCAUCUCGCUUUAUUGGCCGAGGGAGCCGGCGUACAGCUUCCAGGUCAUGUGGCCAGCAUGACUAAGCCACUUCUGGCAAACCAGAGCAGCGCACGGAAACGCCGUUUACCUUCCCGCUGGAGUGGUACCUAUUUAUCUACUUGCACUUUGACGUGCUUUCGAACUGCUAGGUUGGCAGGAGCAGGGACCCAGCAACGGGAGCUCACCCCGUCGCGGGGAUUCGAACCGCCGGCCUUCUGAUCGGCAAGUCCUAGGCUCUGUGGUUUAACCCACAGCGCCACCUGCGUCCCAUAUUUCUGGGUUAGCAGAGUCUGUAACCUGAAGCGUAUGUAACCUGAAGCGUAUAUAACCCGAGGUACCACUGUAUGCAGAAGUUUGUAUUUCGAAACCAUGGCCAUACAUUUUGGGUGGCCCCGUUUCACUUCCAAAUGUGACAAUGCGCUCAAGCAUUCAAGUUCACUAUUGAACUAAGGAUAGUGCAACCUGGAGUGCUCCUGUUCAGAGUCGCAGUCAGUGAUGCCAUGCACUUUUUCCAGGACACUCCAUUCCAUUCCCCUUCCUUCCCAGGUUUUUCACAUCCACCUACAAGACACACAAUGUUUGCAGCCACUGAGCAUGCUCAGUGCUAUCCUCAUUGGGCUGGUGUUUAGCGUGGGGGGGGGUAACCCCAAAGCUCCCCCCCCCCCCGAAAAUAUUUUUUCCUGCUUCUUCAAACUUUGGCCUUCCCCUGAGCCUGCUGAUACCUCCCUCGUGCUUGGGCAGGAGCCAUCUGAGUUGCAAAGCUGCCAUAACUCAACACCAGAGCUUGUUAUUUAUAUAUAAUGACACAUCUGAAUGCCUGCAAGUUAGAAUAAUAGGAUAUGUUCCCAAAUUAGUUUCAGCUCUGCAUGAAGUGGGAACUGAUAUUCCUCCAAGUUCUAGGAAUGAAGGGUGGGAUAAGGGCCAUAGUUCAGUGGUUUGGAGCAUCUCCUAUGCCUGCAAAAAGCCCCAGUUUCAGUUCCCAGCAUCUCCAGGGAAUGCCCCAUCUGAAGCCCUGAAGAGCUGCUGCCAAUCAGUGUUGGUAGUAUGGAGCUAAAUGGACCAAAAAUCUGGUUCACAUUCCUAUGUCACUAUGGACCAGGGCGUUGCUCUGUCGCAGAGGUUCCCAGAAACUGGCAGGUGAGAAAUACCUUUGGUCCAGUGUGGUCUAGACUGUGCCAACUAACCUUUUCUCCGGGUCUUCUUCGCAGUGAUCUUUAACUUCAUCCUCAAUGAUAAGAGAACAAGCCCCGUUUGGAACGUCAUCAUGUGGACAUUCCUGUAUGUGGGCCAAGGAAUCCAGGUCUGCCUGUACUGCCAAGAGUGGUAUGCCCAAAUCCACUGCCCGCUCAAAGAAGUGAGUAUGCAGACUGGCUUGUGGGUGUAGAACAAGCCCUCAGUUCCUCCCAUGUGGCAACUUGCAGAAGGCAUAGCCAAAGGCAUUUUGCUGCCUGAAGAACUCCCAGUUCUGUCCACUUCCUGUACCUCCCCAUCUGCUGUCUGAGGCAACUGCCUCACAGCAGGGCCAGCCCUGCUAUCAGGGAUCAAAAGUCCCCAAGCCUGAUUAGCACCGAUUAGCACACAUAAAGGCUCCACAAUCCUGUGCAGUUCUGCCAUAUUAUCAAUAACAUGGUUUCCAAGCACAUCAGUAAAUGGCAAAAUCCACACAGAAUCUUGUAGCAUCUUGAAUAAUAAGUGUGCUUGCAGGCAGGUGUUUCUUGUGGGAUUGGUGCUCCUCCUGCAUGCAUCUUUUUUUGCGGUGUCCACACAAUGUUGUUGCCAUAAAAAUGCUGGCCUGCAUUCACACCCAGUCAAUUUGGAUUUACAGUGGUACCUUGGGUUUGAGGAGAUUUCACCCCUCCCAUAUCCAAGAAUCUCCUGAGGAGUCUGCUGAUUCUCCAGAAAGGAGGAGGCGUGUUCUGCUCUCUACUUAUUCUGCUCCAGCACCAAGUCAGUCAGUCAGUCAGUGUCAGAGAGAGAGAGAGAGAGAGAGACUGAGUGUUAGAGAUCGUGUGUAGAGAUAAGGUUGCUGCUAAGAGCAGCUGCAGACACUCAGUGCAGUGCAGCAUUCAUUUAUGCUUAGACCUAUUUAGCUCUGUAUAUAGUUGUAUAAUAGUUGUAGAUAGAAAUAAAGAAGAUAUUCUACAGAGCUGCCCUCCGAGUCGUUUAUAUACUCUGCUAGAGUCUGCUGUACUCUGCUGUACGACUGUCUUCUUGUUGGAGUGAAUCCGGUGCUCACAACACUAAGCUGUGAGUCCACAGCACUUUGACCUGUUCCUGUGUAGAAGGUGGUCUCUGGAAGUGCUACCCCAGCUCGCCUGGCCGACUCGGGGCUGAAGUGGAUGAGUCCAGUUGGUGGCACUGGCUCAAGGGCAAUGCUGACAGGGUUAAGUACUUAAUUCGUUCCGGAGGUCCGUUCUUAACCUGAAACUGUUCUUAACCUGAAGCACCACUUUAGCUAAUGGGGCCUCCCACUGCCGCUGUGCUGCCGGAGCACGAUUUCUGUUCUCAUCCUGAAGCAACGUUCUUAACCCGAGGUACUAUUUCUGGGUUAGCGGAGUCUGUAACCUGAAGCGUAUGUAACCUGAAGCGUCUGUAACCCGAGGUACCACUGUACUCUUCCCAGGAGAAAUACUGUAACUCCCCCCCCCCCCGCCCCGUUCUGCUCCAAUUAAACCUUCUCUACCCGAGACCCUGGGGAAACCCUUUGAGUCAAAGUAAACAAUAUAGGCUAUUUCACAGGUGGUCAGACCUUGAGACAGCUCAAUGACCUGCUUUCAGUACUAAAACCCUGCCUGGAAACUCCCUGCCAAAUUUAUUACGAUGUAUGUAAGUGUUCCUGGGCUAGAGCCCAUUUCAUUAUAUUAUGCCAAAAUGCUCAUAAUAGAAUGAAAUGGGCUUAUAAAGUGUGACUCCGUGCACUAGCAUAAAUUGCCACCAUACUGCCCUAGAUCUAACCACCAGUGAAAGGCAUGACUUCGUGUAUACCUUUUUGUCUUGUCGAAGUCCUUUCCUUUUCUGAUUCUGGCCCUUAGUGAUGUUUGUUGUUGUUUUCUGCCUUUCAGAGGACCUUCUGGGGGAUAGUGACUCCACGUUCGUGGUCCUGCCGCUCCUAGGUCAAUGCCAACUACCUUUGAGAACCCACCUUCCCCAUCCCUUUGCUCCAAACAGAUCUUCCUGGACUCACACUCUGACCAUUAGAGGAGUCGAAGCCCAACAUCUUCAGAGGAGGGUUAGGUUGUCCAUACUUGCUGCUGACUCAAAUUCAAGUUCCCAGCAUUGACUGACUAAUCCUUUCCCCAGCAUAGCAAGAAGGUGAUUUACCUGUCCACUGUUGUUGCUUGAUUCCAGCAUCUAUGUAAUACUUCAAAGUUUGCCUAGCAUCUACCUACUCAGUUUAUUCAUGGCUGUUUUCUACUUUAAAAAAUAAAAUUCUGUGCACACAAGUAA